GAGAGAGGGAAGCAGCUCUGAUCCAAUAAUUAUUCGAUCGUUCUACUGCACCUUCUCCUUCGUCCUUUCCGAUUACAACCUUCGCCGGCGUGUUUGCCACAGCUCCGUCCGGCACUGAUCAGCAACCCAUGGCUUCCGUUUCCUUUCUUCUCGUCUGUUCCAGCCCGACGAAAAUCUUUCUUCUGCGCUGAUGGUGUGAUUGUGAGGAUGAGUGUAAGAUGGCUUGCUUUCUUUUGCUUGCUUUAUCAGUCACCGAUCUGUUCACCUCUUCUCUGUGCUCUACGACAGUCUCUUUUCCCUCCUCUGUACAGGCGCAACUUUCUCUUCCUCCCCCUGUUCAUGCGUGUUGGUUUAUAUGAGAUUCAUUAGUUAACGUUGGACCUCCUGCCGAUCAUUAAGGGCUUGCAAUUGUGCUGGAUGAAUAUUUAUCUUUCUAAUAGGAUACACCAGCUGCUGCAAUAUGCAUUGUGCAUUUUAUAUUCCUCGGUUUGUUUGAAUUCUUUGAAGCCUCCAUGGAAGUUGUUGCAAGUGUGACAAGCAUCAUAGGCUUGUGUUGCUCAUUGCAUGAAGUAGUUAGAACAAAGUACAAGCACUUGAGAACACCCACGAGGAGUAUUCGGCAGCUGAAUAAUUUGAUGCAUAGGCUGAUUGCUCGCGCAAGAGGUGUUGAACAUGAAAUAAACCAACUGCAGCAUCUAAUGGGGGCAGAAUCAACAAAUUUCUGUAAUACAUGGCUUAAGCAAGUUGAUCAGGUAGAAAGAGAAGUGUGCAACCUCGUGGAUGAAAAUGGCCCGCAUAGGCAAAUUAAAGGAUGCUGUUUUAUUUGUUCAAGAAUCAAGUUAGGGGAACUUGUUGAAGAGAAGAUCCAAGAUAUUCGUGAACUUCUAGAGACUGUUCCAGAUUCAAAGGAUAUUGCUAUUCCUGUAAGCAGAAGAGGUGAUAUUUUGCCUACAACGCCAAUGAUGGAAAACCAAACACACAAACUUACUUUUAUGAGGAUUUGGGAGUUCUUGUUUGAUAGGAAUGCCAGAAGGAUUGGUGUCUGGGGAAUGGGAGGAGUAGGCAAGACAACUAUUAUGUUAGCAAUUAACAAUAGCCUGUUGAAUAAUAGUAGCGAAUUUAACUGUUAUUUGGGUGGAGAUAUAGCUGUGAAGUUGAAUUUGACUUUUAAAGAAACUGAUGAUGAAAGAAUAAGAGCCUUAAAAUUGUUUCAUACUUUUAAAAGAAGGAAUAAAUUUACACUGAUUUUAGAUGAUGUCUGGGAACCAGUCAAUCUUGAAAAUGUUGGAAUCCCUGUGCCAACAGUAAAGAAUUGUUGUAAAUUAGUGAUAAUAACUCGAAACAUUAGAGUGUGCAGAGAGAUGGAAACAGACAAAAAUGUGGAAGUGAAAGUUCUUUUAGAAGAAGAAGCAUGGAAUCUCUUCAAGGACAAAGCUGGGGAACAAGUGCUAUCAAAUCCAAAUAUAAAAUCAAUUGCAAUGGAUGUGGCAAAAGAAUGUGGUGGUUUGCCUCUAGCUAUUGUUGCAGUUGGACGUGCAUUGAGAGACACCACUAACAUGAGAGAGUGGGAGAAUGCAUUGGAAGAGUUAAGAACUUCAAGUAUUGAUACAUACAACAUUUAUGAAGUAGUAUGUUCUCGUUUGAAGUUGAGCUAUUCAAAACUAAAGGAUGAUACAAGGCGACAUUGCUUUCUGUAUUGUGGUUUAUACCCAAAAGGUCACCUAAUUGAGGAGAAUGAAUUGAUUAAUUAUUGGGUGUGGGAAGAUUUAUUGCAAGGUCCAAGCACGUCUGUUAUGAAACGAAAGGGGCAAAUGAUUAUAGAUGAACUAAUAUCAGCGUGCUUGCUGGAAUUGAAGAUUGAAAAUGGGGUGAGAUUUGUUAAAUUGCAUGAUAUGGUAAGAGAUAUGGCCAUCCCAAUCUUGAGUACAAAGCCUAGAUGCAUUGUGAAUGCUGGCAUCGGACGAGUAAAGCCACCAAUACCUCCGGAAUGGAGAGAGGAUGUUGAAUGGGUAUCGUUGACGAGAAAUGAUGUGAAAUCUAUAGACUUCAGUCCAAUGUGUCCUAGACUCACUUCUUUGCUGCUUCAAUACAACUCAUUUGAAGAAGACAUAUCACACCACUUCUUUGACAACAUGCAUGGGCUAAAAGUUCUUAAUCUCUCCUAUACUGGGAUUAGUGUUUUGCCGGUGUCUCUUUCAAAUUUGGAGAAUCUACAUGCCUUGUUGUUGAGCCACUGUUGGAAUCUUGAUAAAGUUCCAUCCUUAGAAAGGCUCACUAAAUUGAACUACUUAGAUUUUUCAUUGUCUAGAGGUUUAACAGAACUUCCACAGGGGAUGGAACAAUUGACUUAUUUGAGACACCUAGAUUUCUCCUACACGUCUAUCCAAAACUUACCAGCUGGACUCGUAUCCAAAUUUACUCUUCUGGAGGGCUUGUUGAUGUUGGGUUCUCCUAUGAUUGGGGUAUCAUCUGUGAGAGCAAAUCGCACCUUGUAUCCAGUGAUAGUGGAAGAAAUCAUAUCCUGUCGUAAUCUGUCUCUUCUACACAUGCAAUUCCUUGACUUUGAAGACUAUCGGGAAUUUGCUAAAUUAAUGAAGUAUUAUCAAUUAAAGGAGUUGAAGCUUCUUGUCGGCUUUUCAGAAUCAGCGCUUCUAGAAUUGUCUGAGAAAACUAGUUUGGCAAUAUGUGGGGGAUACGAACGAAGCAAUGUUUCAGAAGACGAGAUUACUGCAUUGAUUCCACGAAAUGUAGAGGAGUUAAUAAUAUCUCAAUUUGUCGGUAUGAAAUGCUUGUCUUUGCACUUAUGGAAUGCAAUGUACUUGAAAAGGUGCCAAGUAAAAUGGUGUCCUGAUUUGGAAUGCAUUUUUGAAUCAGAGGAGAAUAAUUUGUCUCGGCUAGAGACAAUGCAUCUGAGUCAUUUGCCAAAGUUGAGGAUGAUCUGUGGGAAAGUGGUGAGACCAUGUACUCUAAUGAACCUCAAGAGUAUUCAUGUGUUUAAAUGUAAUUCGUUGAAAUGUCUGUUCCCAAGGCAGCUCAUGGACGAGCUUAAAAGUCUGGAAGAAGUUAUCAUCAUCAAUUUCUGGUAUAUGGAAGAAAUUAUUGAAGGGGAGAGGAAUACAAACGCUGAAGACAGCAGCCAAGCAGCCAAAGUGUUCCUUCCAAAAUUGCAAAGGUUGGAAUUGUAUCAUUUGUCAAGUCUGAAAAGCAUAUACAAAGGGAACAUUCAAUGUAAUUCUCUACGCGCUAUUGCAGUUGUGGGCCGCAAUGCUCUGAAGAAGUUGCCUUUGGGUCUGUUUGGAGUAGAGGCUGGUCAGCAAAUCUCACUAUCAACCACUCUCCAACAAAUAUUAUGUCACAAUGAAUGGUGGCAAUCGCUGCAAUGGGACCAACCUGAAGCCAAGAAUCUCCUUCAAUCAUACUUUGUCGAUUGCGAUAAGCGUAAUGUGGCAUGGAGACAUGCAGGGACGAGUUUGCUCCGAGCAGCAGUAAUAUACCGUGAAGGCAGUAUUCUAAUGGAACGAGCCACAAUAUCUUGAUUUAAUUCCGCACGGACAGGUUUGGUCCAAGCAGCAGUAAUAUGGCAUGAAGGCAGUAUCUGGACAUGAAGCCACAAUCACUACACAAGUUAUGCUUGAUCGUUGAUUCCAUCCAGGAGCGUUGUUCGUUGUUUGAUCUUCAAGAUUUUAUUUAUAACGUUUGAUAUUUGGAAAGAAAACAUAUUAGUUGUGUGCACCUGUUAUUGUAGUGUUGUGCCUACUGCACGUACAUUUGGUAUUUCUAAAUUUGUGCUCAGACUGAGUUAAUUGCAAGCAUAUGCCUUCAAGAA